UCAAAGUAGAAGUCGAGGAGCCACUCAAGAGAAAGGAUGGGGAACAUGGUGGGCACGCAAUGCCCUCCCUGGGGUGGUCACAUGGCCAGCGCGGUGCGGGAUGCCUAUGAGGAGCUGGAAGCUGAUCAUGAUAUUCAGCUCACUCCAGCUUACGAGUACAACAAGCUGGAGCCAGAAAACGCAGAUCAGAAGCUGUACAAUGGCUUCUUUAGGAGGGCUUUAUUGUCGGGGAUUCCUGCACUUGUGCAACAAGAGCCAGAGUCAGAGGUGGCAGCCAAAUUGAAGAUUAAUGGCGAGCUGACUAUGAUCCAGAUUGAGGUUCAGAACGACGAAAUGAUCUUGGUUGACCUGACCAAGUGUCGACAAGUGAAUGUCAUUGGGCAUGGCAUUCGGAAGCGAUUGAACCAGCAACUUCAGCUGUUCUUCUCCGACGGGCGUACCUUGUUGUUGAGGUUUACGGACAUGGAACAUCGACACGUCUGUGGCCAUGUUCUCCCACUGCUGGUAGAUGCGAUGCUUGGCAGGGUGGACUGUGGGAGAAACCAGUCAGAACGUCCGGGUCGGUGAAACAAAACCGUGUAAAAUGGUUGAUGUAUGUUGAUGUAUAGUUCUGGCUUCUGGGUUUCAGAGCUUCCGCUUGA